GCCAGACAAUACUGGAGUACUUUUAUUACUUUCAUCUCUACACUUCCAGUGUCGAAGGCUGGACAGAUCUGCCCACUUUAGUACUCUGGCAAUUAAACAGAACCCUCUUCUGGCAGAAGCCUAUUCGAAUUUGGGGAAUGUGUACAAGGAAAGAGGGCAGUUGCAGGAAGCAAUUGAGCAUUACCGGCAUGCAUUGCAUCUCAAACCAGAUUUCAUCGAUGGUUAUAUUAACCUGGCAGCCACUUUGGUAGCAGCAGGCGACAUGGAAGGGGCAGUACAAGCUUACGUCUCUGCUCUUCAGUGCAAUCCUGAUUUGUACUGUGUUCGCAGUGACCUGGGGAACCUGCUCAAGGCCCUGGGUCGCUUGGAAGGAGCCAAGGCAUGUUAUUUGAAAGCAAUGGAGACGCAACCGAACUUUGCAGUAGCUUGGAGUAAUCUUGGCUGUGUUUUCAAUGCACAAGGGGAGAUUUGGCUUGCAAUUCAUCACUUUGAAAAGGCUGUCACCCUUGACCCCAAUUUUCUGGAUGCUUAUAUCAAUUUAGGAAAUGUCUUGCAAGAGGCAUGGAUUUUUGACAGAGCUGUGGCAGCUUACCUUUGUGCCCUAAGCUUGAGCCCAAAUCAUGCAGUGGUACAUGCCAAUCUGGCUUGUGUAUACUAUGAGCAAGGCCUGAUAGAUCUGGCAAUAGACACCUACAGGCGAGCUAUUGAAUUGCAACCACAUUUCCCUGAUGCUUACUGCUACCUAGCCAAGGCUCUGGAAGAGAAGGGCAGUGUUGCCGAAGCAGAAGAGUGUUAUAAUACAGCUCUGCGGCUGUGUCCCACCCAUGCAGACUCUCUGAAUGACCUAGCCAAUAUCAAAGGAGACCAGGGAAACUUUGAAGAGGCAGUUCGCUUGUAUUGUAAAGCAUUAGAAGUCUUCGCAGACUUUGCUGUUGCCCAUUCAAAUUUAGCAAGUGUAUUGCAGCAGCAGGGAAAACUGCAGGAAGCUCUGAUGCAUUAUAAGGAGGCUGUUCGAAUCAGUCCUACCUUUGCUGAUGCCUACUGUAACAUGGGAGACAUUCUAAAGGAGAUGCAGGAUGUUCAGGGAGGCUUGCAGUGUUAUACUCGUGCCAUUCAGAUUAACCCUGCACUUGCGGAUGCCCACAGCAAUCUGGCUUCCAUUCACAAGUAUUCAGGGAAUAUUCCAGAAGCAAUUGCUUCUUAUCGCACUGCUCUGAAGCUUGAACCUGAUUUUCCUGACGCUUAUUGUGAUUUGGCUCAUUGCCUGCAGAUUGUCUGUGAUUGGACAGACUAUGAUGAGCGAAUGAAGAAGUUGGUCAGCAUUGUGGCUGACCAGCUGGAGAGGAAUCGGUUGCCUUCUGUGCAGCCUCAUCAUAGUAUGCUCUAUCCUCUUUCUCAUGGCUUCAGGAAGGCUAUUGCUGAGAGCCAUGGGAACCUCUGCUUGGAUGAGAUCGGUGUCCUUCAUAAACCACCGUACGAACAUCCAAAAGACUUGAAGCUCAGUGAUGGUCGACUGCGUGUAGGAUACGUGAGUUCUGACUUUGGGAAUCAUCCUACUUCUCAUCUUAUGCAGUCUAUUCCAGGCAUGCACAAUCCUGAUAAAUUUGAGGUAUUCUGUUAUGCCCUGAGCCCAGAUGAUGGCACAAACUUCCGAGCGAAGGUGAUGGCAGAAGCCCAUCAUUUCAUUGAUCUUUCUCAGAUUCCGUGCAAUGGGAAAGCAGCUGAUCGCAUCCAUCAAGAUGGUAUACACAUCCUUGUAAAUAUGAAUGGUUAUACCAGGGGUGCUCGAAAUGAACUCUUUGCUCUCAGGCCAGCUCCUAUUCAGGCAAUGUGGCUGGGCUACCCUGGGACCAGUGGCGUGCUUUUCAUGGAUUAUAUCAUCACUGAUCAGGAAACUUCACCUGCUGAAGUUGCUGAGCAGUAUUCUGAGAAACUGGCUUAUAUGCCCCAUACUUUCUUUAUUGGCGAUCAUGCUAAUAUGUUCCCUCACCUGAAGAAGAAGGCAGUCAUCGAUUUUCAGUCCAAUAGGCACAUUUAUGACAAUCGGAUUGUGCUGAAUGGCAUCGACCUCAAAGCAUUUCUUGAUAGUCUCCCAGAUGUGCAGAUUGUCAAGAUGAAAUGUCCUGAUGGAGGAGACAACGCAGACAGCAGUAAUACGGCUCUUAAUAUGCCUGUCAUUCCUAUGAAUACUAUUGCAGAGGCAGUUAUUGAAAUGAUUAACAGAGGACAAAUUCAGAUAACAAUUAAUGGAUUCAGUCUUAGCAAUGGACUGGCAACUACCCAGAUCAACAUUAAGGCUGCCACUGGAGAGGAGGUUCCCCGUACCAUUAUUGUAACCACACGUUCUCAGUACGGGUUACCGGAAGAUGCCAUUGUGUACUGUAACUUCAAUCAGUUAUAUAAAAUUGACCCAUCUACUUUGCAGAUGUGGGCAAAUAUUCUGAAGCGUGUUCCCAAUAGUGUACUGUGGCUGUUGCGUUUUCCAGCAGUAGGAGAACCUAAUAUUCAACAGUACGCACAAAAUAUGGGCCUUCCCCAGAACCGUAUCAUUUUUUCACCUGUUGCUCCUAAAGAGGAACAUGUUCGGAGAGGCCAGCUGGCUGAUGUCUGCUUGGACACUCCACUCUGUAAUGGACACACCACAGGGAUGGAUGUCCUUUGGUCAGGGACACCCGUGGUGACUAUGCCAGGAGAGACUCUUGCUUCCCGAGUUGCAGCUUCCCAGCUCACUUGUUUAGGCUGUCUUGAGCUUAUUGCUCAAAAUAGACAAGAAUAUGAAGACAUAGCUGUGAAACUGGGAACUGAUCUAGAAUACCUGAAGAAAAUUCGUGGCAAAGUCUGGAAGCAGAGAACAUCUAGCCCUCUGUUCAACACCAAACAAUACACGAUGGACCUAGAGCGGCUCUAUCUACAGAUGUGGGAGCAUUACGCAGCUGGCAACAAACCUGAUCACAUGAUUAAGCCUGUUGAAGUCACUGAGUCGGCCUAAAUAAUGACUGUGUGCACAGGAGAAUUACCCUGUACCUGAGCCUCAACCUUCUGGGGGAAAGGGAACUACUUUUUCCUUAUCUGUACAAUACCAUGCUGCAGAUGGGUGACAGACAAUGAUAAGAAAUAGCACAGCCAGACUUGCUUCCUGCAUGAUCAUGAUCACGAUAGGGAGAGACACAAGAGAUGGGAAACUGCUGUUCCACAAGGAGUCUCCAUAGAAUUUUGCAGCAGCCAGGUGUCUGGAAGGUCUGGAAGUUGUCUUGGUCCUUCUGACCCCACCCGUCGGUGCUACUUCAGUUCCUUACCCCUUCCCUUCUGACCCUGGGCGGUGAGAUCCUCUUUCUCCGGCUGGUCCGCGGCAAGUGGCACUCGAACAGGGACCUGAAGCGUGAAGGCAAUUAAAAGAAAAAGAAAGUGCAGGAUUUUCAGGUACCUUGGAACGCCAUUACCCUGCUGAUAAAUUGAUCCAAUUCAGCAAACUUAACUCAUAUCUUUCCUUCUAUAAUUAGGCAACAGCCUGUUCCUCAUGUACCUUUGGUUUUUACGGACGGUUCUUCUUCAGGAGUGGCUACUGUAAUCAUUGACCACAGAACAAACCUCGUUAAAGAAACUUCCUUGACUUCAGCUCAACGUGUUGAACUGUAUGCUGUCAUUAUGUCUUUUAAACAUUUGCCUUCUAUAUCUUUUAAUUUGUUUUCUGAUAGUAAAUAUCUUAUUAGCUUGUGAUUUCUUCUGGAGACUGCGAGCAUAGGACAUACUAAUGACCCUGAAUUAUCAUCCUCUUUUUGUUUGCUUCAACAGCUUAUUCGUUCCCAUGAUGGUCCUGUUGCAGGUCUGUAUAUCCGUGCUCAUUCUAACUUGCCUGGUCCAUUGACUAAACUUAAUGCGACUGCAGAUGUUUUAACUCGAUCUAAACGUGAUCUUUAUCCUGUACAUUUUCCUCCCAAGAAUAGAGUUGAAGUUACUCCUCCUCCUCAAUCUCUUUUCCCUAAAGCAGGACAGGUCCCAAUUUACCGUACUCCUCCUUUCCGUUCGUCAUGCUGUCAAGAAUGGCUAAUGUACUGCAUUCAUUAUCUUCAUACUCUUGAUACUCAUGGUCCAUGUCCUGGACACCCUCAUAUUAUGGGGGAAGGUUGGUGGCUGAGCCAAGAUUGGCCUCUCAAUCUCCGGAGGUCCUCUGGAAAGAUCCGUUAACCAGCACUUGGCGUGGUCCUGAUCCUGUGUUGAUUUGGGGACGUGGUCACGUGUGUAUCUUUCCCAGAUCAGUGCCUGGACCUUGCUGGCUUCCUGAGCGCUUAGUCAAGCAAAUAGAUGGCUCGCCACAGCUCACCUAGUUCAGAAGAUGAAGAAGCUCUGCACCUCUCCUGAAAAUUUGACAGUGUUGAUUCAGAAAAAGAAGAAGAAGAGGAGAGCACUUGCCAGGACGACUCAAAGGAGUGAUGUUCCAACUUGGGGACAAAUUAAACAACUGGUUUCACGAGCUCAAGAGUCAGUGAAACAACAGAAUAAUCCUGUUACACCUGUAACUUUAUUUUUGGCUAUGUUGGCAACCAUUUCAUGUGUUCCCUCUGUUAAUGCAGCAACUGACUGGGCCUAUGUACCUGAUCCUCCAGUAUUACAACCCAUAUCUUGGUUUGAAGCAGAGUUUCCUGUAUUUUACAAUGAUAAGUGUUUAUUGGCCUCUUAUUGGGAAUAUAAAACAAACCAAUAUGUCUGUAAAUUAUACUAACUGGUUUAGUACCCAUCCUGUCUGUCUUAGCCCAUUGAAUCUGGAAACUGGAUGUGUAAAGGCUAUUAGUUAUGAGCAUACAGAUGUUUAUGAGGAACGGAUCAAUCAAUUAGUUUGUCAGGCUCUCCAGGCAUCCUUCGUUUUACAGGAACCAACAUUACUCUUACAUGCCCGGCUACCAGCCAACGAGAGUAUCUUAAGGAUACCAUCAUUUGGUAUAAAAUGGGCAAGCUAUUAAUAUUAGAGGUCAAAUCUCAUACGCCUCACCACUUAGGGAUUCCGCUAUUACUAUAGCCAAGGUUACAGGUGAAGAUUCAGGAAAUUAUUUCUGUAUGAAGCGUUUACUUGGAGGACAAGGGAUACUUAUAGCUGGGCGUAAGGUUACUAUGCUUAACAGAAAAUCAAAAAAUCAAUUGCCUCCCCUUACGACCGUUAACUUUCCUGGAUCCAAUUUUGAACAUUGCAAUGCAUCUUGGAAUAAUAACCAAAUAUGGUGUACUAUAGAUUAUACCAAGGUGUCAAUUCUUAUCUCUUCUUUUCCCAUCAUAGAUAGGUUUAUCACAUUUCAAAAGAACUGGGAUAUAUGGAAACUAGCUCUAACUUAUUCCAAUACACCUGUUAUAACUUGUGUUGCUCCUCCAUAUACACGUUUGUGUGGUUCUAUUAACAUUGGUAAUUCUUCCAAAGGAGGAUAUAAUAUUAGCUGUGUUAAUUGUAUUUUUAGCAGUUGUAUGUUCCCUUCUGCAGGAACGCAAUCUGUGCUUAUACUAAAGCAACCCAUGUAUGUUAUGGUGCCUGUACAUCUGAGAGAACCUUGGUAUGAAGAUACUGGAGUACAGGCAUGGGUGGAAGUCUCUAAAGCCUUGCAGAGGAGACGCUUUCUUGGGUGGCUAAUAGUAAGUUUACUUGCGUCGGCUGCUGUGUCUGCUACCGUGGCUACUGCCGGUCUUGCUCUUUCACAGAGUAUUCAUCAUGCUCACUUUGCUAAUCAGUUAUCUCAACAUACCAGUCUUGCUUUAUCUUUACAAAGUCACAUAUAUUUACGGAUUAAUAACAAGUUAGAUGAAUUUAAAAACGCAAUUUUGGGGAUUGGAGAUCAGAUGGCAGCAUUAAAAUUGAGGAUGCGUUUAGCUUGUCAUGCAAAGUAUACAUGGAUGUGUGUUACUCCUUAAAAGUACAGUGACUGUAUUUGGGAAUGGGAAAAAGUAAAAAUGCAUCUGCUGAGUGUUUGGUCAGAUAAUAAUAUUAGUCUUGAUCUUAAGAAAUUAAAUGCUGAAAUUCAGGAUAUACAAAAUACACAUCUUGAUGAUGUUUCGCCAGAAGAUGUAAUUCAAACUUUACUGGAUCAUUUAAAGUGGUUAAACCCUCAGUCUUGGAUUACUGGAAGGUUGUCAGGAUUUAUUACCCUGGCCAUAAUUUGCCUAUUAUUGAUAAUAAUCUUCUCAUGUCUGUUUCGUAUCCUCAUGCAACAGUACACUACUCUCGGCACUAAACUUCAUGGAAUUAUUUUGCAGCAAAAGUUAAAAAAUAAAAAAGACCUGUGGGAAGCAGUCAGCCUUGAGAGCAGGUAAGGACAUGCCAGGCAUGCCGCCGCUGCUCGAAGGGACUGUCCCUACUUGUUCCCCUCCUUGUUCCAUUCCAUGGGAGACAAAUCACCAGGGCCCAGAGAUCAGAAAGAAUGUAAAAUGAGACAAGCAAAGCUGUCUUCCCCCUGCACAUGCAGGUUAUUUUUGAUGCUUCUGGGUUUAUGGGUUUCCUCCCAGGGAAGUUAACCUUGAGCCGAGACAGUCUGUAGGUAAUGUAAACCACCAUCUGGCAACCUUCCUUUUUCUAGUCUAGAUAAUCUGCAACUGUAGCGCAAUAAAAUUUGCCUUGCAACCAUCAA